AUGAACAGCGAAUCAAUACUAAAUCAACGAAGAGGUGGUGCAACACCAACAAGAUCCGAAGACCCCGAAGGCACUGUCCUACCCAACCGCCCAGUCACCGCUGACUUACAUCAACUGAAAGCUGUCGAGGAAUCUCUAGAAGCCUCGUCAAGGAACCCCGAAGGGUCCUAUCAGAAGGCCUCACGCUACCCCAGUCGAGAAACCCGCGGAGAACAAGAAGAACAAUCAGAAAUCGCAAAGAAGCUCGGCGAAUCACCCGAAGGCGACUCUAUGAGCAACUCUGGAAGUCAACAUGAACCUCACCUGAGAAACCUAAGUCCCAGCACAGAGAAGAUCUCAUCAAGGAACCCGAAGGAACCCGUCAGAGAUCUCUACCGCCCCAUUCGAGAUCUCAUGAGAAGUCCGGACCAGCGUCUCCUCCCGUCAGCCGAUAACCUCAAGAGGAACCUAUCAGAGUCCCCCGAAGGAGUCUCAACAAGGCCCUCAAACGAGAUCGCCGACUUCAGAAAUUCGAAACCAAUCUUCGGACAUGAAAGUUACCCGCAAGAAUCUUCCACCAAACAACACCUCCCCACAAGCAGUACCCCUCCUUGGGCAUCGCUGCCGCAGUUCAGCGCCGAAAGGCAGGUCGGAACGAAACAAGACGAAGAGACGGCUACUCCGGUACGACACAGGUCGUUCACCAUCAAUGCAGUAACAAAUCCCGCGCCAGAAAAACUUAUGAAUUGA